AUGGCUGACGAAUACAACGCCGAGGAGGCCGCUGAGAUCAAGAAGAGAAGAACCUUCCGCAAGUUCUCUUACCGAGGAAUCGACCUUGACAACCUCCUCGACCUCUCCUCUGACCAGCUCCGAGAUGUCGUCCACGCCCGUGCCCGCAGAAGGAUCAACCGCGGCCUGAAGCGCCGCCCCAUGGGCCUCAUCAAGAAGCUCCGAAAGGCCAAGCAGGAGGCCAAGCCCAACGAGAAGCCCGACCUCGUCAAGACCCACCUCCGAGACAUGAUUGUCGUCCCCGAGAUGAUUGGAAGCGUCAUUGGUAUCUACUCCGGCAAGGAGUUCAACCAGGUCGAGAUCAAGCCUGAAAUGGUUGGCCACUACCUGGGUGAAUUCUCUAUCUCAUACAAGCCUGUCAAGCACGGUCGACCUGGUAUCGGUGCCACUCACUCUUCUCGUUUCAUUCCCCUCAAAUAA